AAUUUAAGAAAGAUUCUAAGAAGAUUUUAAAAAGAUUUUGUUAGAACAUUUUAAAUAUAUUCAUUUGUAUUUCAAAUAAAAAGAUAAAUAUAUAAAAAAAUAUAAUAAUGAACUUAUGUAAAAUAUGAUAUUUUCUAGAAAUGGUCCAAACUUAAAAAAUCACACAUGAAAAAAAGUCAUGACUUUUGUUUUAAUAUAUAAGAUUGGAAAGUUACCUAAAUAAAGUUUACUCUAUUUUUAAAUAAAAUAAUUCUAUAAUAGAAUUAGACGUUACUCUAAUGAUACUUUAUUUUUGAGUGAAAAAUUAAAUGAUAAACCAAAAAAAAAGUUAAUAUAUAUAUAUAGAGUAAACAUAUUUUAUACUCUAUUAUAGAAUACAAAAUAAAAUAUCACUGAAACAUUUUUGCUCUAAACUCUAUUUUAAAUAAAAAAUAAAAUAGAGUUGGAAAUGCCCUAGCAUUGGAAAACUUGACCUCACCCUGUAAAUAAAUCGUUUCAGGUGUUGUUCGUUAAUCAAUUUAUGUUUUUUUUGCUAGAAAGGGAGAACUACUGUGUAUGCAGUGAUAAUGAGCUCACACAAAUGAUUUUACCAUAUUACACUCUACUGUUUUUCUGAUUUUGAUGAGAACACUAUUAUUGAAUUUUUUAAACAGGAAAUAUUUUCACUUUAAUUGACUUUUAUAACAGAAAUUAUGUUGAUCAAAAAAAAAAAAAAAAACAGAAAUUAUAUUAUUUUACUUUCACUUUCCACUAUAAAAUGGCACACUAGCAUGAAUAUCGAAACCAAGCUUCUGUUUCCCAUUUCUCUCAGUGUUAUCUAUACAUCAUCCAACUAAUGGCAAACCAACUUCAAAAACCCUUAACCAAUUCUCCUAAACCGGGUCUGACCAAAGAAGAAGAUUCUCAAGAAAUGGUUGCCUUACAAGCCCAGAGGCAGGGCCGGCUUAUAAGGGGGACAAGCGGUGCGACCGCUCCGGGUCCGAGCCCGUGUCCCCCCGUGUAAUGAUAAAUAAGGGGCCCAAUUUUUUAUAAAUCUAUAUUUUUAUAUAUAAAAAAAUUAUAAAUACAAUAAAUAAAAUUGAAAAGGGCCCAAAAUUAUUUGAUAUGUAUAUAGUUUUAUUUUCAUUACAAAAUAUACAAAAUAUUAUUGAUUAAAUUAUAAAAAUAUUUUAAACAUUAUCUCUAUAUAAUUUUAGAGAGUAAAAAUUUUUUUUUUGCCCUAGGACCCCUACCAGUAUUGAGCCGGCCCUGCCCAGAGGAUGGUGUACUCCUUGACACUCCCAAUGGUUUUCAAAGCCACCUUGGAGCUGGGAGUCAUCGACACGUUGGCUACCGUUGAGAACGCCAUGUGGCUCUCACCUUCAGAGAUAGUGUCUCGUCUCCCUACUAAACCCACCAACCCGGAGGCUCCAAUGCUGCUGGACCGGAUGUUGCGCUUACUCGCCAGCCACUCGGUCUUGAAAUGUCGCGUGCUUGAAACCGGAAAGACCGAUAGGGUAUAUGCAGCCGAACCGGUUUGCAAGUUGUUCUUGAAAGAUAGAGAUGGCUCGGGUUCUCUCUUGUCUUUCUUCCUGUUGUGCCAAAACCAUGUCAUAUUCAAGGCUUUGUCGCAUCUUAAGGAUGUGAUAUUAGAAGGAAAAGAUGCAUUUAUGUCUGCCCAUGGCAUGAGAGCCUUUGAAUACUUGGGUUCGGAUGAACAAUUCGCUGAGAUGUUUAACCUAGCAAUGUCGGAAUCUUCAACCCUGGUGAUGAAAAAGAUUCUAGAAGUUUACAAAGGAUUCAAAGAUAUUAACACUUUGGUUGAUGUGGGAGGAGGAGUUGGGACAGUACUAGGUCUAGUCACUUCCAAGUAUCCUCGCAUUAAGGGCAUCAAUUUCGAUUUAGCUUCGGUUGUAUCCAAUGCCCCUCCUUAUCCAGGAGUGGAACAUGUGGCUGGAGACAUGCUUGUUGAAGUUCCAAAGGGAGAUGCCAUUUUCAUGAAAUGGGUGUUUCAUGCUUGGGACGACGAGAACUGUGUUAAAAUCCUCAAAAACUGUUGGUCGAGUCUUCCAGAGAAAGGAAAAGUGAUAGCCGUGGAGAUGGUUAUGCCAAAAGAACCAACGAGUGACGACUGUUCUCCUAACAUUGGGUACACUGUGGACAUGUUCAUGUUAUCACUACGUGGGAGUGGUGGAGAAAGGACUCUUUCUCAAUACGAGGCUUUAGCUUAUGCUUCAGGCUUUCGUCGUUGUGAGCUCAUUUGCCGUUCCUUUUCGUUCUCUCUUAUGGAGUUCCACAAGUAGAUUUGAAGUUCUCAGUUUCUCACGACUCGCAUGAAGACUAUGGACCAAUAAAGUCAUAUGUUUUGAUUUUUAUCUUUCAGAAUUAAAAAAAAAAACAAUAAACUUUUGUACUGUGUGAUAAAUAACAGUUUUGUUGUCUUUGAUCCUCUUUUUUUACCUUGUAUGUCAACGAGUUGUAAUAAAAUAUGUGAUCAUUGUGAAAAUGUAUUUUUAUGUUAACUGUCUCUCUGCCAGAUUUUCCAUUACAAUCAACCAACGAUUGUUUUGUCAUAUAAAAACAUUCUUAUUAAGACUCAAAUAGAUUUAAUUUACAAGAUUUAAAGAUUACACAUUAUCGAUCGACAAAUAAAACAAGCUUAACAGUGAUGUGAGUCUUGUUGAGCUACUAGCUUUGAGAUCCUCCGGAUAAGCCAGAGGUUUCCAUGAUGGGUUUCUUGGAAGAAACGUUUCAUGCAUAACCAAACAAACAUACACACACAGUUGUCCGUUGAUUACGAAGUUUGAUGAAAAACAUUACAAACAAAGAAAAUGAUGAUGGAAAAAAAAAAGAGGUCCUACCGGGAUUCGAACCCAGGUCGCUGGAUUCAAAGUCCAGAGUGCUAACCACUACACCAUAGAACCAAGUUGUAUACUCUUACGCACUAAAGUUUAUAGUUCACACUGAGUCAAAGAUAUAUGCAACCUCAGUUUAAAACAUUACACUCAAUUUGAACUAUUUAGUAACAUACUAACAUCAUUAGUUGUGAAGAAACACACAUCCAUCAUUCACCAAAGAUCCUCUCUGCAUACACACUAUCAUUAAACUAUAAAACCAAUUCAAAAAUCUGGAAAUGGAACAUACAAAGAGAGGUGUUAAACUCUUUUUAACCUAACAUAACAGAUUGUUUCUCUUGCCCUAAAUCACCAAAUGUAUCCCAUCUUUACUCCGAGUGAACACUUUAGCAAAUCCAUUCCUGUUCUUCUCAGAACUCCCUCUGUUUGACGUUAAAGCAGCAUCA